CACCUAGCCUCAUCCUCUAUUUCUUACCAGGUGCAGCGGUCAUGGCGAGGGCAGGACACCCCUGGAAAUGGGCAAAGGCUACCCUAAUCGCAACCCUGGUUCUGGGUGUCUCAGAGCCUGUUCUUGCUGGUGAUGUUUCCUCUUGUGACAACCCCUCUGGCACCAAACCCUCUGGGACCAACAGAGACCUCAACGCAGAUUCCGAGUCUGGGGAGAACACUCGUUCAGACAGCAGCUCUCGUAUUGUGAAUGGGUCAGAUUGCAAAAAGGAUGCGCAGCCAUGGCAGGGCGCCCUGCUUUUAGGGCCCAACAAGCUGUACUGUGGAGCUGUGCUGAUCAGGCCACAGUGGCUGCUCACAGCAGCGCACUGCAGAAAGCCAGUGUUCAGAAUCCGUCUGGGCCACCAUUCCAUGUCACCUGUCUACGAGUCUGGACAGCAGAUGUUCCAGGGAGUAAAAUCCAUCCCCCAUCCUGAUUACUCCCACCCUGGCCACUCCAGUGAUCUCAUGCUCAUCAAAAUGAACAGAAAAAUCCAUGCCUCUCACUCAGUGAAGCCCGUCGAAAUUGCUCCUGACUGUCCCGUCGAGGGGACCAGGUGCAUGGUGUCUGGCUGGGGGACAACGAGCAGCAGCCACAAUAACUUCCCGAAAGUCCUCCAAUGCCUGAAUAUUACUGUGCUCAGCAAGGAGAGGUGUGAAAAAUCCUACCCAGGACAGAUAGACAAGACCAUGUUCUGCGCUGGUGAUGAAGAGGGAAGGGACUCCUGCCAGGGUGAUUCUGGAGGACCUGUGAUCUGCAAUGGCAAGCUACAGGGCCUUGUGUCCUGGGGUGAUUUCCCCUGUGCUCAGCCCAACAGACCAGGUGUCUACACCAACCUGUGCGAGUUUGUUAAAUGGAUUACGGACACCAUAAACUCCAACUAAUGGGUCACACCAGGAACCAUGGAGCUAGUGCCACCCAACUGCAAUGAGGAGCACUGUCCCUCUUUGAGAACGCUGAAGAUAAUGUAUCAGUCUCUCCAGACCUUACUCUAUGUCUUUUGGCACCAAGAUCACCAUCCCCCACAGUGGCCUGGCCCUGUUUCUAUAGCCAGACCCUAGGAACACUUCCUGAAAUGACUAGAUUGGGGUGAAACCCAUCACUAGCUAUGGACCCAUCCGUAACCCAGAGUUGAGCCUUUUCUUCAGCCACGACCCAGAUUUAGACCGUGAAAUAAAAACCAUGGGAAGAACC